UCUCGAUGUACAGUGACUCAAAGCGGACAACUCUCUGCCUUUGUUGGAGUUUGUUUUUUUUUUUUUUUUGCUAACAGAAAUGCCGUUGGGUUUUUGCAGACGCCGUUAAGCAAAGUGUUGUUUGGAUAUCGAGGCCAUUAUGCCAGUAAACUGCCGAGCAGCCUUCCAGGGACGAGGGCUGUACUCCCAGUAACGGGUGGCAGCUGCAUUGGCUGCCGGGAUGCUACGGAAGAACAGCAACGGCGGUGGCGGUGGCACAAAGCACACCCAGGCUCAGCCACGGCACCUCUCCAAAGCCCACGCAGGAUCUCUGUCAGCCGGAUCCACCAAGACCUUGGAUAUGGGCCGCAGCUCCAAGAACCCCAACCCCCUGAGCAGCAUGGGUCUGUCCUCUCAGCCGUUGGGGGCACCGGGAGUCGACCCGGAGUACGUGAUGCAGCUGGUGAAUGAUGUGCGGUGGUUCGCUGAUGUGCUGCUCAACCUCAAGGAUGCUUUUCAGUGUAAAGAGAAUCUGGAAGGUCUUCAGGAGGUGGUGCAGGAACGUUUGGCAGAGUUACUCCGUGUCCUCAAGGCGGUCAUCGGCAAACACCAGACCUUAAACUCGGUGGAUAUCUUGGGAGCAGCCGGGACGGUCAUUGCCAAAGUCAAAGGCGUUAACAUCAAGGAAGUGAACCCAGAAAACAAAAAAGCUAUAUUUGGGGAGAUACACACAUCCAUUGACACUUUGGCUUUCACAUUCGGCAAUGUAGUUUCUGACUUCCUUAUGGGAGAUGUGGACAGUGGCUCAGGGUUGGGGAUCCCCCAGACCAGGAGAAGCAGGUCUUAUGACAACCUCUCUGUGGAUCCUGAGGGAUAUGUUUCAGAGAAAAGUGACCUUGUGGGCCCAGAGGUGCCCUUGUCACGGGAGGAGGAAGUUGACUUGACCCUGCUGAAGAAUGACAGUGGGGUGGAGUCUGCUCUACUCUACGCCAAGGCCUGGUCCAAGUACAUCAAAGACCUUCUGGCCUGGUUGGAGAAAAGAGUGGCCAUGGAUAUUGAGUAUGCUAAAAGUUAUGCCAAAAUGGCUGAGUCUGCAAAAUCACUGGCCAGUCAACAGGACUACAUACCAUUCAGUGAUAUCUACGUUUCGGCAUUCAAAAAGGACAUUGAAUACAACCAGCUGCUUAUUCAAACUGCAAUGGCUUUUCAAACGAAUAAAUUCAUACAGCCUCUUGUGGCUCGUAAGAAUGAACUGGACAAGCUGAGGAAAGACAUCAAGGAGCAGUGGCAGAGGGAACGAAAGAAAAUGCAAGAGGCAAAUGCAACCUUGCGUAAAGCACGAGCGCUGAAGUCCCAGAGGAGAGAGGAGUACCAGAAAGCCCACUCAUCUACCAACCGCUCCCAGGAGGAGCAGUCUAAUAAUACUGGUAACAAACAGCUGGAGAAGAAGAGGAGGUUGGAGGAGGAGGCUUUGCAGAAGGCGGAGGAGGCUCAGGACCAGUACCAGAGCUGUAUGGCUGACGCAGGCGUCAGGAGGAUGGAUCUGGCCAACACUAAGAGCACCAUCCUCACACAGAUCCGAGAGAUGGUCUUCCAGUGUGACCUCACACUCAAAGCUGUGACAGUGAACUGGUUUCAGAUGCAGCAGGCGCAGAGUGUUUUGCUCCCUGCCCACUACCAGGCCCUGAGUGAGAGUGCCAAGUUGUACGAACCGGGCGAGUGCUAUGCUGAGUUUGUUCGGAGCCUGCCCAAAAAUCUGCCUAAAGAGCGCCUGCACUCUGACUCCAUCUCCUCUGACAAUACCAGGUUUGUGUUCAACAAAAGGUCAGUGGGCAGCACUCAUUCCUCCCACGGCAACCUGUCGCAGGCAUCUAUCACCUCCUGUGAUGUGUUGAGUGGAGACGAAGUGGACUGUCCCUUACACCAGCCAGCGAAGAUCAGCGAGCUGAGGUCCAACAGCAGCACAGACAUACAAGCACUGAGAAGCCAGGCCCCGCUGAGAGCCUGGGCCUCCAACAGUCAGGGAAGCCAGGGCGGGAUGUGCAGUGACUCGGAAAGUGCUGGAGGUAGCAGCGAGUCGAGGUCCAUGGACUCCCCCACUGCCAGUCCAGGUGACUUCAAACGACGGCUACCCAGGACUCCCUCUACUGGAACAAUGUCUUCUGCUGAUGACUUGGAUGAGAGGGAGCCACCAUCACCCUCAGACAAUGGUCUGGCAGAGAUGGUGACCGAGACGGCCAGUUCUCCUGGUCCUUUCCGAAAUGCUCAGAUGUCCAAAGCUGCUCAAACCCAUAGGCUGAGAAAACUGCGAGCCCCAUCUAAGUGCAGGGAGUGUGACAGUCUGGUUGUUUUCCAUGGAGCUGAAUGUGAAGAGUGCUCCCUGGCCUGCCAUAAGAAGUGCCUAGAGACGCUUGCUAUCCAGUGUGGCCAUAAAAAGCUGCAAGGCAGACUACACCUGUUUGGUAUCGACUUUGCCCAAGCAGCAAAAAACAGCCCAGAUGGUAUCCCCUUUAUCAUCAAGAAGUGCACGUCUGAGAUUGAGAGUCGAGCCCUCAACAUCAAGGGGAUUUAUCGUGUAAAUGGUGCCAAAUCACGUGUUGAGAAGCUCUGUCAGGCGUUUGAAAAUGGGAAGGACCUGGUUGAGCUGUCUGACCUCUCACCUCAUGACAUUAGCAAUGUCCUCAAACUCUACCUGAGACAGUUACCAGAGCCAUUGAUCCUGUACCGAUACUACAACGACUUCAUCGGCUUAUCCAAAGAGUGUCAGCGAGUCAUAGUGGAGGAGGCUGAUAAACCUCAGAACACCCAGACAGGAGAGAGAGGCGGUCCGAGCAUACAGCUCAACAGAGUCAUUUUCAAGAUCCGAGAUCUGCUCCGCCAGCUGCCCUCGGCCAACUACAGGACUCUGCGCUUCCUUAUAGCACACCUGAACAGAGUGACAGAGCAGGUGGAAGAGAACAAGAUGACGGCGAGUAACCUGGGCAUUAUCUUUGGCCCUACACUGGUGAAGCCACGGCAGACAGACGCAGAGGUGUCCCUGUCCUCCCUGGUGGAUUACCCUUACCAGGCCCUGAUGGUGGAGCUACUGGUGCGACACUUCCAAACGGUCUUUGACGUAUCACCUCUCUCUGGCUACGACAUCGCCACCACUGGCCAGGGGUCCCCCAAACUCACCCCUCAGGAGAAGGUGCAGCGGCUCAGCAGACACUCCACCUCCCUGAUGGACAUCAAAGAGAGUGCCAAAGCAUACAAAAGAUACUCAUCGGUGAUCCCCUCCGCACACAUCCUGGAUGAAGUGCAGGAGGUCCAGCCUGGAACAGACAGAACAGAGGUCUCGGCUCUGGACAGACUCAAUGGGAUCCAGACAUCUAGUGGGGGAGAAGUCCAGAGGUCAACCUUAGUGUUUGGCCGUCCCAGCACCACCAUCGCUUCUACUACCAAUGUAGCACAAAAGGUCCAGCUACGCAGCCAGCGCCCCAGACACGUGUCUCGACCAAUCAGCAUGCCGCUGGAACGUCUGCCCACCCCCGCUCAGAUCAGCGAGAGGAAUAAUCAAAACACUGCUGCUAAUGUUGACACGACCUCUUCUGAGCGGGACACCGUGGCAGAAACUAUACAGGAGACACCAGAGCCAGAGAGGGCACGCCAAAGUGGCUCAUCCAGAGUAAGCACCUACUACAUCACGCCUUUCAUUGACACACAGACAAUGCAGAGGAAAACAUGGGACAGGAAGUACAAGCACUAUGAUGUGACACCCAGGACGGCUAUGAUUGUGGCCAACCUGCCAUCUGCCAGCUCUGGAAUGCAACCUAUAAAGGCAACCGUGCCCGUUACUCUUAACCUAACUGUAACCACUGCCUCUGUGGUCUCGACCACUAAUAGUUUGAGCACCAUAUUCUCCACCAACCCCCACACAGUGUCAGUCAUGCCUUUCUGGACAUCUAAAAGGGAAAAUGACACAGAUCAUUCCGUCAGUGAAUCUAGCAGCUCACCAAACCUUCCACUAACGCUCAGGGCACCGAGGACUCUGCAGCCUCCUCCCGGAACUUUCUACAAGCCCCCUGUUUCUGUUAAUAGCAGAGCUAGGACGCUUCCAAACUGGACUACCACUGUUACCACCAUCACCACCACCACCACCACCACCACCUCCUCACUCGCCCCCAUCAUCCCUGGCCAGGUAGUCACCCCAUUCCCUGCCCUUACAAGCCCCCCAAAGACACAGCUCCAGGCGCAAGACUCCACUGACAGCGCCAUUGACCCCGGGGUCUCGACCUCCGCCACCCUUUCACCUCCCCAGUCCCCACCCCCGAGCAGCCCUGACGACCUGAGCCCCAGUGAGACUAAACCUGUCUACCAAAGACUGCGACCUCGGCGGCUGCAGGAGCUCGAACACAGAGAGGCUCAUUUUGUCUGAAGCCAAAAAACAUUUUAUAUUUGUAAAUAUUACCGUAUCUGUGCCACAGUGUAUACUGGGGGAAACAUUUUUAUCUACAAGCUGAGAGUGGGAGAAAAAAUGGGCCUGUGAAAAUAAACCAUGAAAGUGUUGUAAGUACUAAUAUAUUCUAUUUUACACAUGGAAGUCAUAGUUUCUACAGUGGUUGGUCUAAGCAUUCAAAACAAGCAAAUACAAAAAGAGUGGCACCAACUUGAAUGUUUAGUGUCACGUUUUUAAAUAACAAAUAUGUGAAUCAUCUAUUUUUAUGUCAGAGAAAACUUUAAAACCACAAAAUGGAUUUCUGUCUGUAAAGAAUUGUAAAUUUAACAUUUUCCUUGUUCUGUUUUCCAAAAUUAUAUUUUAUUGUAAACACACACGCACUUAAUAUAGGGUUCAAAUUAUAAUGUUUUCUUUAGUGUUAAAAUGCUCUCAAUUUGUAUUUUAUUCCACAUGGAAUGGAUUGAAGUAUUUUUAACAUGAGGUUCUCAAUUAUAAAGAAUUAAACAUUUUAACCUUUUGAAUUUUCCAUUGUAGCCUGUGAUUGGUACAUUUUUUCUCAGUAUGUAAGCCUUAUGUAUCUGUUUACGUUUUUUAUAUUCAUUCAUACAUCCUGCAUGUUUGUCACAGUAAUUCUGUCCCAUUUGCAAUAUUGUGACUAUACAGAAGAAAAAUGACUUGCAACAGUUCUUGCUGCAAAUUAAAAAAUGUAGUUUAAAGUGUUAUUUCUGCCCCAGUUGAGUGUUUUUUAAGAUCUCUCUGUUCGAUGCUUCUGAGGAACAGAGUUAUAUUUUACCCUGCUGUUGUCUUUUGAAGCCUAAUGGACAUUUGUUAACAUUGUUUGUGUUAUUUAUACUACCCAACAAUUCCCUGUAUCCCUGUUAAAUUCCAGCCUAUUGUAUAUUCCACCCAUCCAAUCAGAUUAUUAGCUUUAUUUUGUUGUAUUGGACACUGGGAGAAAGAUACAGUGGAAUGGUUUUAAAUCCAGGGAUGCAACUUGUGAUUAUUUUCAGUACUUAUUUAACUGCCACUUAUUUUCUCGAUUAAUCGUUUUAAGCCAUAAAAUGUCAGAACGUACUGAAAAAAGUUCAUCAAAAUCUCAGAGAGCACAAGAGAGCACAGGUCAAAUUACUUGCUUUGUCUGUCCAACAGCCCGAAACUCAAAGAUAUUCAAUUUGCAAUGAUGAUAUUGUUCGUAGGGAUUUCCUAGGAAGUUUCCUGGUUAGAAUGAUGUCAUUUGGUAAUAAUAAUAUGGAAAACCCAAGAAAACAAUUAUUAUUCACUUACUUUUGUAACUUAACUUUGCAGUGACGUUGAAUAUUGUGCUUGUCUGUAUACAGAUUUUCACAUUUUUGCACGUAAACUUCGCAU